GACAGCCUGUAUCGGAUUUCGUGUGGACUUCGCUACUACAGACACUUUCUAAUGUCUAUAUAAGUUCCAAAAUACUGUUUCUGGAUGUUUCGCACGUCGUUAAGGUCUGCUUCAGGACCUAUUCGCUGCGCAUCUUGCCUCAGAGUUCCGCGAAGACAUGUGAGAAACCACCGAUACUAUUCAACACCAGCAAAAGAAGAUGAACAGGACGGGGAAUCGAAUGCGCCUCCUCAGGUGGCUAGUGUGAGAUUUGCGACAUUUCCAGAAGAGACAUCAACGUCGACUUCUACACCAACCAGCAAUGACUCCACUGAGAACGCCAACCAGUCAAAGAGUCCUGACAAGAAUGAUUCAGACGGUGUCGUUAUCUCCAAAGUUUAUACCAGCGAUCCUUCUACUGGUAACGCCGAUACGUCAAAAAGUCAUAGCAAGAAUGGACUGGCAACUUCAGACCGUAGCGAUAUCUCCAAGGUUUAUACAAGGGAUAUAUUCAAAAGGACAAAAUCAUCAGAGAAGGGUAAACCUGACCAGAAGGAAUCCGACGGGACACAGCCAGACGAAGCGGGAAAAUCAGAUAAGAAUCCACCAAAGAAGAAAACUACACAGAAGAAGAAGAAGUCGGGGGAAAAGAAUCCACCCGUGACGGGGAAAUCAGCACGUAAAAAGACUGCGUUGACACCGCGGCAGGCUGGGAAAAAGUCAAAGAAGGUAAAAGAGCCUGAGCCCAAAAAGGCUCCGAGUCCGAAGCCAGUCCUCGAGGCUUUAGAGGCCCAUACCGGGUCUUUACUCAAGGAAGAUAUUGACUUUAAAGCACUCGAUUACGAUACGCCACCAGUUCCCACUUUGUCAUUUGGUCUGGAUAGAGUUUUGUUCAACCCUGGCGUAUACCACCUUCGGGAUCCCAGGUCGCGAGUCUACAACUUUGACCCUGCAUUAGGGACUAUUAUGCCUGUUACCGAAUUCGAUUUCAAAUCUCUCAAGGAAUACAUCACCUCUUCGAAAGAUGAGACACUUAUCAAACUUGCCCGAAAUACAAACAAGAAAUAUGUCGGUUCAUCGUCGAGUAUGACUGGAGUUCUGUCACACUUUCAUUAUCUGUUGUCUCAAUGGCGACCACUCAAGCAGGACAUAAUUUCUCGGGGUUUCGGAGAGAGCGAGACGAAUUUCACAAGGCUGUUGAGAGGUCCCUCUGCCAUGUUUCUACAUUAUAAGGAUGGAGUAUAUGCGAUUGAUGCGGACAAAGAGUUUGAUUCAGCUAAUAUCCUCAUGAAUCUCGGAAAAUCAAUGGAGAAACAACUCACACUACCAAAGGAGGAAUUUGAGAGAUACCGCCGAUCUGCCCCGAACAAGAUCACUCCUGAGGAAGAGAAUGCACUUCCAGAAUCAUUUCAUUACUCUACUCUGGGUGAUUUUGUCAUGCGCUCACAAUUGGACGCAUACGAUCCCCGACUGCCUGGAAGCGGCAUGUUUGAUCUCAAGACCCGUGCUGUGGUAUCAAUCCGCAUGAGUGUAUUGGACUAUGAGCAGGGACUAGGUUACGAAAUCCGCAACCGAUUCGGAUCUUACGAAUCCUUUGAACGGGAGUACUACGACAUGAUCCGAGCUGCGUUUCUCAAGUACUCGCUCCAGGUCCGCAUAGGUCGCAUGGAUGGUAUCUUUGUCGCAUUCCACAAUAUCGAACGCAUCUUCGGUUUCCAAUAUGUGCCUUUAUCAGAGAUGGACUAUGCACUGCACGGCCAGUCAGACUCGGAGUUGGGUGACCGAGAGUUCCAAUAUAGUAUCAAGCUCUGGAAUGAGAUUCUGGAUAGGGCGACAGCCAAGUAUCCGAACCAGUCGCUUCGUCUCCAUUUUGAGACUACGGCUGAUACGCCAGCGAAAAUGAUGGUUUACGUGCAACCUGUAACGGAUGCGGAUAUUCGACGGAUACAAGAGAAGAAUAAGGCGCAGAUUGAGCGGGUGCAACAGCAGAUGUUGUACCCUGAGACUGUUACUCAGGGGGACGAGCUUGCUCUUGAGGAUGAUGGGUCUGAUGGUGUCGCUGAAGUUGUCGCUGAGACUACAGACACUAUGACCGAGGCCAAUGCUGUUGCUGAGGCUGCCGACGAAGCUGUAGUGGCUACAGCUAAGGUCAAUGCUGCCGAUACUGCCAACACCACAAUCGAGAAGACCGAACGUCAAGCCGAAUCAACCACCGACAAAGAUACAACAUUCUUCACCACUGAAGCUCCCUCCACCCCAGAAACCGCCUCACAAGAGACAUCCUCACAAGAAGCCCCCGCCUCAAAACCGAACCCUAUCUUCGUCAUCGGCUUCAAACUAAACCGCUCCGAAAAACUCCUCCACGACCUCAAACAACAAUACAAACAAAUACUCCGCACCUGCGAAGAAUCCUACAUCCGUCCCAAACUCUUCGGCAUGGAAAUCAACAUCCAAAACAUCGUAAACGGGCGCGUCAUAAAAAGGCCCACCAGCUUAAAACCACAUCACACCUGGCAAGUCUCCUACACCAUUAGAGAAUUCAAAAUCGGCACAGGACAGUUAUGGAAUCAAUUUGAAGGGAUGCGGAAACGGAGACGAGAGGCGUUGUCGUUUGGGAAGAGAGGAGAUGAGGAGAAUAUGACGCCGUAUAUUUUGAAUUUGAGGAAGUUGGCGAUGCAAGGGAAGAAGUUUAGGGAGGAGCAGGAUCGGAUUGAUAGGGAGAAGGGGAUUGUGGUUUAUGAGGAGUUGAAGGCUGGCUCUUCUGGUCCUUCCUUUAGUGGUUCAGGUGGUUCUGGGACGGUAUAA